ACGGUACGCAGAUAUGAAGCCGGGGUAAACCGGGAAUUCGUCGACUACUGCGCGGUAGUAAUCAGAGUCACUCCGAACAGUGAACGACAUUCGCCAGGCAGACAACAGAUUAUGACGAUGCGCUUAUCGGCCAUGUGUCCCUUAAUUUUUCUGCUGGUUGGAGUUAACGCGGCCGGCAUUGGCGAGGCUUGGCAAAUUACACCAUAUUUGAAAUCCGUCCAUCCGGAUCAUUCCUUUUGGCCACGAUUGGACUCUUCAGCAUUCGAAGUCCGCACCGUGAGCGGAGUAGGUCAUCUUGCCCCAUUCGACGAAUCACGAGACGCUCAAAAACAUUCAGAACUCGCUACAUCAAGUUCCGCAGAACAGAACGUUCUUCCGGAUAAUGAAAACGCUUCUCAUGUUGAGAAUAAAAACCUCGAACGUUUCCGAAAACUUUUGGAAGAUUCAUCUUAUAGCGAUGACGAAGAGGAUAACGAAGAUGCCAUACCUAUCCGGAAAAUAUUUCAGAAAUCAUUUAUAACGAAAAUUUUACACGCACAUGAAGAAGACAAGGACGAUGACGAAUUAUUUAUGAAGGAGAAGGAGGAAACCAGAGGAACCGCGCGUAUUCGUAGACAAGCGGAGAACGGGACGAGCAUGGAAAAGGUCUCGACGACCAAGAGCGUGCGCGAGGCUCGCCUGAACUCACCUGAAACAUGGUCGACUUCGGUGCAACCGAUCUCGGUCGAAUUUCGUCAUCGUAUCCCGCUGGAUCAGGUGAUCCGGCAACAGCAGGAGGAAGAAGAGGCCGCCGCUCUGUCCAAUAGCUAUCGAAGGCAUCAAGCACCACGAGCGGACUUUGUGACGGGCCAGCAUUAUCGACGAAGCUAUCCGGAAUAUCGCGAGUCCAGGGAUAUGCCGAUCACCAAGAACUACGACGACUACGACCCGAUGUCCUGGUACAGGAACGCGAUACGCGAGAGGGAUUAUGAGUAUCCGUCGUAUCGUCGAGGAUACAGCUACCACUAUCCCGAUCGCUACCGGAUGGAGAGAGAUUAUUACGCGCGUCUGCCCAACGAUCAGUAUUACUACGAUCGUUACGAUCGUUACAGAGAGGACGAUUUCGAUCUCUACGGUAGAAAUCGACCCACGCCAAAGCCCAGACGGAUCAUUUACUACGCCACCCUACCGGAGGUCGUAAGGAAGCCGGUAGAUCUGAGAAAUUAUCCACGAUACGACAAGACAUCGGUCACUCGAGACGAUGCCUUUAAACGCAUACCCGGCAACGUCGAUCCCAGCAGAUAUCGAUACAGACAAUCGUAUGGCAACUACGAUCCUUACGCGAAGAGAUCGAGCUAUUACGAUCGUCCUUACGAAUAUCCCGAGGGCGACUCGCGGCGGGUCAGAGUGUCGACCAAGGAGAAUUUGAGCAGCGAACGGAAGGUGAGCAAUCUCAUUGCUAUCAGGGACAACGGCGACAAACUACCCUGGCCCGUGCAGAUCGGCACGGAAGUCAGUAUUAAGAACGACGAGAGGAUUCCCGGAAGGAAGAUCUUUGGCGAAUCGAACGGCGCUUACGACAGGUUCCAGAGCGCUCAGUUACAGAAAGCCCCGGACGCCACGGGAUCCAGCGAACUCCAAAGCGACAAUUAAUACACACACACACACACACACUUACGUUGAGCAUAUGAUAUGCUUAUUUAUAAAAUAAAAGAGAUGAUUCUAACUCGAGUUCCUCUAGUUUAAGGAACUACUUGUGAUCACAGAUGGUUCUUCAUUAUCAAACAAUUAUUAAUAAAUAAAAAAUAAUUUUAAAGUAUAUAAUAUUGGAAUAAUAUUAAAUACAUAUGAUAAAUAUUGAAAUAUAUUUACAAAUAAUUAUUCAAAAAAGUUAAUAAUUAUCACAUUUAAAAAAAUUUAAAAGAUCCAAUAAAAUAUUACGAUACUGAAUUUUUUAUUUUAUCGAAAUUUUACUUAACUCGUUAUAUAUAAAUGAAAA